AAAGUAAGGCAACAAGAACAGAGAGGAAAUCGGAGUUAAACACAUCUGAAAUGAACUCCCUGAAUUCCACCCUCUCUCUAAAUACUACUUUUGUGCGUCCACCGUUUUUUUUCAUCAAUGGUUUGAAUAACAUGCCCUAUGCCAAAUACUAUUAUGUUUUCCUGAGCUUUGUUUUUGUGGUCUCUGUGUUGGGGAACUCCUUUGUCAUGUUUAUUAUAUACACAGAGCGCAGUUUUCACACCCCAAAGUACAUGGCCGUUUUUAAUUUGGCUCUAGCUGACUUGGGUGAAAGUGCUGCUCUUAUUCCAAAUUUAAUUGCAAUGUUUCUUUUCAAUUCACAAUACAUCUCCUUUGACGCUUGCUUGGCCAACAUGUUUUUUGUGUUUUUCUUUUCCUCUUUGCAGUCCCUCACUCUUACCGUUCUGGCCUAUGACAGAUUGGUGGCAAUAUGCUUGCCACUGAGAUAUCAUGACAUCAUCACAAUGCCAGCAAUGACUGUGAUAUUAACAGUAGUGUGGGCAUGUGAUUCAGUUUUGCUGAUUUUAAUGGUGAUUCUAAUAACCAGGUUGUCCUUUUGUAAAUCCAUUGUGGUAAAAAGCUACUUCUGUGAUCAUGGACCCAUAUACAGUUUGGCAUGUAAUGACACUAACAUCAAUUUUAUCAUUGCAUAUGUUAACAUGAUAUUAUUGCUUUAUGUACCCUUUAUGUUGACUGCCCUUUCAUAUGUGUUUAUUGCUGGUGCACUGUUUAAAAUAGCUUCAUGGGAAGGGCGAUUUAAAGCAAUUAAGACUUGUUCUGCACACCUAAUACUGGUGGCUUUAUAUUAUCUUCCGAUAAUGGGAACCUACAUUGCUGCACUAACUUUAACCCUUCAACCCAAUGCCAGGAUCAUGAGUACAUCAUUUGCAAAGGCCAUUACCCCCAUGUUGAACCCAAUCAUUUAUGUGCUGAACACUGAAGAGGUAAAGGAAUUCUCAAAAAAGAAAUUCAAAAGAAAAAGAGAAAUAACAGAACUCAACUACUAA